CCAUUCAUCCGCUCCUCGAUCCUGUUGAGUCGCGAAUUGGAACCCACGGCAACACGCAAAGAAGGUGGGCAUCAAACCCUCCAUGAGAUAUCUCGCUUGUCGCCGCUUCUCCUCCUCCUCCGCCGCCGCCUCCGCUCUCCCCAUCCCUCACCGCUCCCUCGCCGACCCCCGCGGCUCCGACCAUGACUUCGUCGCCGUUGCUCACAGCCACCUUCUACGCGCCGAUUGGCCCGCCCUCGUCUCCCUCGCCCCCUCCCUCACGCCCUUCCGCACCGCGCACCUCCUCCUCCGCCUUCGCUGCGACCCUAUCCUCUCCCUCGAGUUCUACCGCUGGACCCUCCUCCACGGCACCCCCGCCUCCCACUCCCUCGACACCCACGCCAUCGUCCUCCACAUCCUCACCAAAUCCCGCCGUUUCAAGGCCGCCGAGUCCAUCUUCCGCCAGUCGUUGAUCCCCCGAACCCAGAACUCCACCUCGGAGCUCUUCGACGCGGUGCUUCGCACGUAUCGCCUCUGCGACUCGACGCCCGCCGUGUUCGACGCCAUGUUCAAGGCCUAUGCCCACGAGCGCAAGCUCAGGAAGGCCACCGAGACCUUCCGGCUGAUGCGGGACUACGGGUUCCUCCCCAAGAUCAAAUCUUGUAACGCCUUCUUGAGCUCGCUGCUCUAUCUGGGGCGGGCUGACGUCGCGCUGGCCUUCUACCGGGAGAUGCAUCGGUGUCGGAUCUCGCCGAACGUCUACACCCUAAACAUGGCCAUACGCGCGCUCUGUAACUCGGGGAAGCUGGAGAAGGCUCUCGACCUGUUCGAUAAAAUGGAAGGGAUGGGAUUCACUCCUACCGUUGCUUCCUUCAAUACCUUGAUCGAUGCUCAAUGCAAAAAUGGAGUCACGGGGCAUGCUGUGAAGCUCAAGAACACAAUGGCCGGUAAAGGUUUGGAGCCGAACGUGAUCACCUACAAUACUCUCAUCCAUGGGUUCUGUAAGGAAAGCAAGUUGCAUGAGGCUAACAGGGUUUUCCAGGAGAUGAAAGCCACCGAGGUGAGGCCGAACACGGUGACCUACAACACUUUGAUAAAUGGUUAUAGUCAGAUGAACAACAGCGAGAUGGGCUCGAGGCUCUAUGAGGAGAUGGUAAAAGAUGGUAUUGAGGUCGACAUUGUAACGUACAAUGCUCUUAUAUUGGGGCUUUGCAAUGAAGGGAAGACAAAGAAGGCCGCCCAUGUAGUGAAGGUGCUCGAUCAAAAGAAUUUUGUCCCAAAUGCGUCGACUUUUGCUGCUCUCAUUACUGGACAAUGCAAGAGGCAAAACUCUGAGCGGGCACUUGAUAUUUACAAGGCCAUGAAGAGAAGCGGGUGUACUCCAAACAAUGAUACAUUUAGGCUGUUGAUAUAUACCUUCUGCAAGAACAAGGACUAUGAAGGCGCGGUUGAGUUGUUGAAGGAAAUGUUGGGGAGAUAUAUGGCACCUGAUGAGACUCUGCUUACUGAGGUUUUCGAGGGGAUUUAUAGCUCUGGAAAGACCCACCUGGUUACUGAAUUGCACUUAGAUGUUGUUGGGACAAGACUUAUUCCUGAAGUUUAUUUCAAAAAUGAACACACAACUAAGUUGCUGGAUAUAUCAGAUACUGAAGCACAGAAGAUGUGUAUGGGAUAAAGAAGUGGAACAAAUUUGCUUGGUUGAGAAGAGAUUUACAGCUACUUGGCCCAACAUCUUAUAAUUUUCGAUGAUUUCUCGAAGAUAUUUGGUGAUGAUGAUACAUACAUGGAGUUUUUCUGUGGACUUGAUAGUUUGAUAUUGCCACAUCUUAUGUCGUAAACUCUAACAGCCUACAUGAGGAGGUGAGUUAUAUAUCAUGGUUUUGUGUUGGUAUCAUGGUUGGAGAAGAAAAAACUUGUUCAAUGCUCAGAUCCUGGUCAAUUUGUUCUCUGAGGUGUUCAUUUCAAGCAAGAUGUGUUCAGGAGCAGGGAGCAAAGCUAUAAGCAGCAACGAUAAAUGUCAUUGUUGCAGCAAGAUUUGAAUUGACCAUCCUCUGAUGAAAGCUUGUUCUUACACAUCUUUCUGGACAAAGAAUAUUAUUUGCUGCAAAGCAAGAAUUCUAUCAUUGUUCUGGCUAGGCCGCUAGAGUAGAAUCAGCUUGUGAUUUGAGACAAGCUUGUUCAUAAAAUCUGUCUGGAAAUAAUGUAUGAUUUGCUUCUGUGCAAGAUUUUCAGCUAGCUUCAGGAAUUUCAUUAGAGUUGGAACACGUGAAAAUAAACGCUGGAAGUCUACGAAGGACCUUUGGUGAAGGCCAAGAAGUUGCGACUUCAAAGGAGGAAACUGCCUGGAAAGGAACGUAAAAUCCCCUUCAUGUUUGAUCCCUACAUGGAAGUGAUUGUUUCUAGCUAAAUUAAGGGGAAAGCAAAGUAGCACAUAGGAGAAUUCAGGUUUGAGGAAACAGUAAGGUUUAAAAGCAUUGAUGGUAAUGGCUGCAGCGAUGGUGAUUCCAAUCGAAGAGUUCCAUCGACAUCUUUCACGUUUAAGGUUCAGAGGGUGAUCCCAACUUGUCCAUCACAAGGCAUGCCAUAGGUAUAUUUUAACAUCCAUUUCUGCAAAUAUUGCACCUUGAGUAACAUUAAUGUUUGGAGUAGUAGUCACAAGAUCUCACAACAUCUCAACAUCAUCCUCAAGGCCCUAAGGUGGUUCUUAAUAAAAGCUGUCUUGUUUCUACUCUACAAAUCCUAUACCAUCGUUUGAUGUGAGUUAGGACCAGGCAUUAUCUUUCGCAAUAGUACUUGGAGGACUAAGUACCAAAACAGAGCUGAUGGUCUAGGCAUCUACUGGGCGGCUCUCAAAGGUCAUGGAACUAUUAUUAUCAAUGGAGUUUUGAGGGAGGAAUGUAGAUCGAUGUGCAGUAAUCCUUUUAAUUGGGGUUGGUGCUUUGACAGUUUAAAUUCGAUUGAUGGUCACUGCUGUCUUUAAACAUAAGAUGUAAUGUUAAAUGUUCAAGGAAGCUGCUACAUGUUCUAUGGUCUA